AUGCCCGACUAUUUCCUUCAUCCUGCGAUCGACACCGGUCUCUUCGACUACCUGUGGGUGCAGUUCUACAACAACUACUGCCAGUACUCCUCCGACAACGCGGCCACCUUUGAACAGAUAUGGAACCGAUGGACCUCCAUGAACGUAACCAAGGUGUUCCUCGGACUCCCUGCUUCUUCUCAGGCGGCUGGAGGUGGCUUCGUUAGGCCCGCCGAGCUCGUUACUCAAGUUCUUCCCAUCGUGAAGAGGUCAGAGAAGUAUGGAGGAAUUAUGCUGUGGAAUAGAUACCACGACGUUCUCUAUGGCUACAGUUCCGAGGUUAAGAACUAUGUGUGCUCGGAUCGUCUGUCCUCCAUCUUGUCCAUGCUGGUGAGGCCUUCCAUGAUGGUCUGA